AUGUCCCUUCCCAUCCUUCCCAUCCUUCCCAGCCUUCAGACAAGACCCGGUGCUCCUUCGCGGUACAGCUCCAUCAGACACCGGCGGGGGUGGCUGGCUUCGGCUUUUUUGGGAGAGACCGUAGGAGUAUUCCAGCUCGUGGGUGGUGAGGUCGGCGUACAUGAGGAAGAGGAAGAGGAAGAGGGGGAGAGGGAGAGGUUGGUGGUGCAGCCAGGGCGUGUUGAGGAGUGA